AUGCCAUCCGUUAAGCAUUAUUCGUCAAGUGAAGUAAAUCAAUAUGAAUUAUCGUCAAGAUUAUUAUCGUUAACUGAAAAUAACACAUCUUAUACACUUACACAAAUAAAUGGUCAAAGAAUUUAUAGAAAGGCUCCUCAUGCUUGGAGUGGUCCUGAGCCUUCAAGGAAUUGUGAGGUCUUUAUUGGACGUAUUCCGCACGAUUGUUUCGAGGACACGCUUGUACCCCUAUUUCGACAGGCAGGCGAACUGUUUGAAUUUCGUCUGAUGAUCAAUUUCUCCGGAUGGAAUAGAGGGUAUGCUUUCGCGAUGUACACCACGGAGGCAGAGGCGGGAAACGCUAUACGCAUGUUCAACAAUUACAUGAUUAGGCCUUCAUGGCAAUUGGGAGUUUGUCCAUCGAUCAAUAAUUGUCGCAUAUUCAUAUCUCGCAUCCCACCGACCACCCCCACGGCGGAGAUCAUUCGUUUAUUGUAUGCGUUGACGGACGAGGUGCAGGAGGUUCGCGUGCGUCGCGGCGCCGCUUCGUGCGCUGCCAUCGUAGAGUACCGCUCGCACCGCGGAGCAGCUAUGGCGCGCAAGGCGCUGGUAGCGGCGGCGGCGGCGGCCUGGGGCUGCGGUGCGCGACCCGCUGUAGACUGGUCGCUGCCGCAGUCACCGCAAUUGCUGCGCCAGUAUAGAGAGAUCGGUCGCUGGAGCCCCGAGCGUGGCGUGGAGCUGUCCCGCGUGGACGACGAAGGGUCGGCGACUAGCGUGGCGGCGACGGCGGGCGCGGGCGGCUCGUACUCGCUGGAGCGCUGGUCGGCGGCGCGGCGCCUGCGCAUGAUCCGGGAGGCGCAACGCGCCGCGCAGCCGCCAACGCCGCCCUCGCAUUCCGCGCCUUUGGACUGGUCGAGCCAGCUGCAUAGCAUGGAGUCGCUGGUGUCAUCGAUGUCCACUUUGGGCAUGUCGGAGGCGCGCGUGUGGUCUCCGCCGGCCGCUCCGCCGCAGCGAGAUUUCAACCCCUGGACUACGCGAUACCCGCUCGGGGAGUUUAUGACGCCCGCCCGGGACCACCAGUGAGUCAG